CAGAUGUGACCGGGUGUGACGGUGGGAGAAGUUCACUCUGCGGAGGACAACGUUUUCUCCACGACGGUCGCCACGUCGGGAAGUCUCCCUGAACACGUGCUGAGCAGAGGAACAACCCUGCAGCUGGGUGAUGGUCUCAGUACCCAGAAGGCCACGCUGAUCGUGGUUCACACAGACGGCAGCAUCGUGGAAGCUACCGGCCUCAAAUCUGCCGCUGCAAUGGCAACAGGCUCACAGACUCACCCCACCCCGCUGACUUCGCCCCAGGACAAAGAUUCCUGCUCCAAGUACAACUGGGACCCCUCGGUUUACAACAGCGAGCUGCCGGUCCGUUGCAGGAACUCCAGCGGAGUCCUCUACAAGAACCGCCUGGGAUCAGGGGGUAAAGGCCGCUGCAUCAGACACAACCAGCAGUGGUUCACUCCCACGGAGUUUGAAGGUCUGGCGGGUCGAGCGAGCAGCAAAGACUGGAAGAGAAGCAUCCGAUACGCCGGCAGGCCGCUGCUCUGCCUCAUACAGGAGCGUAUCCUGAACCCUCACGCUGCUUCCUGUACGUGUGCAGCCUGCUGUGAUGACCUGACGGGGAGUGUAAAGGAGGAAGAGCCUCUGGUAGCAGAAAACAUGACGGGUCCGGUCCGCCUCUUCGUCCCGUACAAGAGACGGAAGAAGGACAGCGAGUCUCUUGUCACCUCCCCGAAGAAGGAGCUUUCCUCCGCCAAAAACAUCACUCUGACCCCAGGGACAACAUUCACGGUGUCUCCGUCAGGACAGUUCACCACCUCGGGAACUUUGACCUUUGACCGCACGGCACAGAGCGACGCUGCCACGGCCGCCGCCGCUGCCGCCAUCAUGUCGGAGAACUCGGCCCAGAGCGAGGUGUUCACCAGCACAGCAGUGCUGACUGCGUUACCUGCCCUCGCCGUGGCCCCCCAGCAGGUGCAGGCCAAGGUGGCGGUGACGAUGGCGUCCCCAUCGGGGGGCCUGAUGGGGGGGCUGGAGGUGGGGCCCGGGGUCAGCGAGGGGCCGCGGGGCAACUGGCUGUACCUGGAGGAGAUGGCCAACACGCUCAUGAGCAACGUGCAACAGCUCAAGGUUCUCAUCGAACAGGCCAAACACUCCGACUGCACGGGGGGCAAAGGUCAGGGCGGCAGGAAGGAGUGUGGUCUCAAUCAGACCUUUCAGAAUCAGAUCACGUUUCAGCAGCAGGACGACUCUGAGGCCAAGAGGAGUUCUGACAUCACCGAGAUCAUCAUCAACCAGAUGUGCGUGAACUGUGGCCGUAUGGCGAUGAGUGAGUGCACGGGCUGCCAUAAGGUCAACUACUGCUCCACCUUCUGCCAGAGGAAGGACUGGAAGGAGCAUCAGCACACCUGCUGUCAAUCAUCGGGGGGCGUGUCUGUUCAGGAGGAUGAGCCAAUCACAACCAUGGAACUGGACAAAGUGAAAUGAAGGAGCCCUCAGACAGAAAGUCCUUGUAUGGUGCAGAAAGGAGGAGGCUCGACUUAAAUCCUCCUCACUUCAACAGACAUUAAACACUGAAUAUUUGUUGAGAAGAAAAGAUGCUUCAGGGCUGCACUAAACUACUUUUUCAGUAUCUAUCAAUCUGUACUUCGCUUUAUUUGUAUAUUUUUUUAAUAAGGGUGCUCCGUUUCUUUCUCAUCUUCCCUCAGUGUUUUAUGAAACGGACUUUGCUGACCUUUAAUGCUAAGCGGAUUUCUGUCCAGAGACAGUCCUGGUUUAAAUAAAGGUCAAACAUAUCGAUAAAAGGAAAGGCAAUAUUAUUAAAUUAGCCCGCCCCACCCUGGCUGAGAGUAAGACAUGAGCUAUCUGUUAUCUUUGUUAAUGGGAUUUUUUUUUACAAUUAGAGUAACUAUGAAUUGUUUACAAAGUUUCUUUGUUGGUUUUGCUUCCAACUAAAGACCCGUUUAUAUAAUGUGAAUGUUUCAGUUUCAAAUGUUUGCGUGAGAGAUUAUCUUGUAUAUGUACGUGAUUAAAAAAGCAUUAUCUUUAA